AUGGACCCGCUGGACAGAGCUCAAGUACUCCUCCUAUGUGACCUGUGUAAAAAAGCAGCAUUACAGAGUCAUUGUGAACUUUGUCACAUUAACCUGUGUAAGGCCUGUGUAGGGGAGCAUCUCUCUGAUUCAUGUAAAAGACAUAAUGUUGUACCAUACAAACACAGAACUUUUGCUCCUUACUACCCAAAAUGUCCAAAUCACACCCAGAAACAUUGUGAACUUUACUGUGAAGAAUGUGACAUUCCUGUCUGUUCUACCUGCAUCUCCUCUGGUAAACACAAAGGACACGAUUUAUCAGAUGCUCUACAAAACCUCAGCUUUAAAAAGAAGCAUUUAAGACUGGAUUUAAAAUUACAAGGAAAAGUCAUAUUCUCCACUUAUAAAAAAAUUGCAUCUAAUAUCAAGGCUGAAAAGGCAGACCUAGAAAAACAUUGUGAGAAACUGACAACAGAUGUUUCCAAACAAGGUGAAGUAUGGCAUAGGGAAAUAGACAUCGUUGUUAAUAAAAGAAAAUCUGAUAUUGCUGAGAUAAAAACUAAGGGGCUGAAUGCUCUAGAUGAGAAGGAAAAUGAAAUAAAUCAAAAGAUUUCUGAGCUUGAAGAGAACAUUACUAACCUAAAGGAAAUACUGGACUCCGAUGACGUAUCACUGAUAUCCACAUACAAUUCCAGGAAUGCUGAAUUUAGAAAUUUACCUCCUAAAGUCAAUGUUUCACUUCCAAGAUUUUCAUCUUAUCAGAUCAACACAGAACAGCUCCAUCAAAUGUUUGGUUCUCUCUCAGCAUUAUCCAUUACAACAGAUGAACAUGGCUACACAAUGAAGACAGCAGAAGCUGUAUCCUGUCCUCCAGUCAAACCACUGCUUGAUAAACCAGAGCUUAUCGUCACCAUAGACACUGGGUAUAGAGCACUAUACAGUGUUACCUGUCUCAGUGAUGAAGAAAUCUGGACAUGUGGAGAAGACAAAAUUAUGAAACUCUACAGCCUCCAAGGCAAUCUACUGAAAUCAAUCCAAACCAAGUCUGGGAAUAAACCACGUGACAUAGCAGUGACAAGGAGUGGAGAUCUAGUUUAUACAGACAGUGAUACACAAACUGUAAACAUAGUGAAGAAUAAACAGAUACAGGAAGUGAUCAGACUUCGGGGGUGGGAGCCUGGCUGUAUCUGUAGUACCUCUUCUGGUGACCUCCUGAUAACCAUGUACAGUGAUGAUGAGAAACAUUCAAAGGUUGUUCGUUACUUUGGCUCUGCAGAAAAACAAUCCAUUCAGUUUGAUAGUAAAGGUUAUCCUUUGUAUUCACCUAGUUUCUUCAGAUCAUACAUCAGUGAAAACAGGAACCUGGAUAUCUGUGUGGCUGACUGGGGAGCCGGUGCAGUAGUGGUGGUUAAUCAGGCAGGAAAACUCCGAUUUAGAUACACUGGUCAUCCCUCUUCUAACAAGAGAUCAUUCAGUCCAUACGGCAUCACAACAGACAGUCAGUGUCACAUCCUGACAGCAGACUGUUACAACGACUAUAUCCACAUCCUUGAUCAGGACGGACAGUUCCUCCGUUAUAUUGAUAGCUGUGAUCUAAAACGUAUAUGGUCUUUAUGUGUAGACACCACAGUGGUAAAUUGA